AUGCUUCAGGAGUUCGAUGGUGAACUGAAUUUUGCCACUGAUGCGUGGACGUUGCCAAACAAUAAGGCCAUCAUGCUGUUCAUGGUGCACCUGCACCACAAGGGUGUGCCCCUGCGUAUGGUUCUCAAUGUCGUGGAGGUGGCAGAGUCCCAUAGCAGUGUUAACUUGGCUGUCACAUUUGCGAAGAUGACGGAGGAUUUCAAUAUCACUAUGAAGUUGCUUGGAGUGACAGCCGACAAUGCCACAUCGAACGACAUUAUGAUUGAUGAGCUUGUGAAGCUCAUUGAUUCAUUCAAAGGCCAGGCAAACAGGUCGCACUGCUUCGACCACAUUAUAAACCUUGUCGCGAAGACGCUGUUGCGCCAGUUUGAUGUGGUGCCCAGGAAGGCCACAGCCACUCUUGAUGAAGCUGAAAAAGUGCUGCUCGAGCUUGCCAAAGACUUGGAAGUGGAUGUCAAUGAAGAAGAUGCGGGCGAAGAAGAUGCCAAUGAUCUGGAUGGAUGGCAGGAUGAUGUCCACCCUGUGAAGCUCGUGCUCAUCAAGCUGCGGAAGAUCGCGAAUGCCAUCAUACACUCAUCGACCAAGCUGUUGCCAGCUUGGUUGAAGGUGCUCGCCGAGUUGGACCUGCCGGAAAGGAAUAUGCCACGAGAUGCUGCCACGCGAUGGAAUUACACCUUCAGGAUGUUGCAAUUCAUGCUAGAGUACCGGAAGGCAAUCAACGAGAUGACGAAGGACAGGUCCAGGGAGUUGUGCAAGUAUGAGCUGAGUGACGAGGAGUGGCGGAUCACUGAGCAGCUGCAUGACGUUCUCAAGCCAUGCAUUCGCGCUGCAAUUGGCCUCACGAAGAAGACACUGAACUGUUACUACAGCAAGACGGACCACUCGAGCGUGUAUCGUAUUGCGAUGGUCCUCCAUCCCACUCACAAGCUCGACUACUUCAAGCAUGCUGGGUGGGAGCAGCAGUGGAUCGACAUGGCAGAGGAACUCGUUCGUGACGAGUUCAAAUACACAUAUGCCCAUGGUGGACCAGAUGCCACCUCCAAUGAUGCGCAUGAGCCAGUUCUCAAGAAUCCGUCGGUGAACAUGUUCGACAACUUGCUCAAGCGCCACGCCCCCGAUGCUCAACCUGAUUAUGAUAAAAUCAUGCGCUACCUUGCCAUGCUGACAGAGGACAUUGAUGAUGCCCUGGGUUGA